CUCGAUUUCUGCACCGCGCUGACCCCCAGACAGCCAGAAGCCGCCUCCAUCAUCAGCGGCGACUGCAUCUGUGGGCCUCUUCCAUGGCCGACUCGUACUCGCUCGUGCUGUGGGGCAUCUAUGCCUCCUCCGUUGUCGUCUACGCGACCCUGCAGUUCCUCAAGGCCCCCUUCGGCAAGUUCCAAGACGCUCGGUUCGGGCCCGUGCUUCCGGGUCGUCUGGGCUGGUGUCUAUUUGAAUCGGUAUCGCUGUUCGCAUGUCCGGCGUCGUAUUUCCUGGCUGCCCCGCCUCAAUUCCGGACCGCCACUCAACUCGUCGUCCUCUCGCUGUGGGUCGUCCACUAUUUUCAUCGCUCGUUCGUCUAUGUGCUGCGUGCCCCAAGCAUCGCACCGACUGGAGUCCUGACGGUCGUCACGGCCAUAGUAUACAAUCUCGCGAAUGGCUACGUCAACGGCAUCGCCAUAGCCCGCUUUGGUGCAGGGUCCGACAGCGAGCCCCUUCCUCUGUCGUUCUACACAGGCUUGGCACUGUUUUUGCUCGGCAUGGGCAUCAACAUCCACUCGGACUCGAUUCUCUUUGCCUUGAGACGCAAAAAGUCCUCCACCGGACAACGCUACCACAUUCCGCGCGGGGGGCUUUUUGAGCUUGUUUCCUGUGCCAACUAUUCGGGCGAGAUCCUCGAGUGGUUCGGAUGGGCACUGCUCAACGGCCUCAGCGGCGGCCCGCUGUCGUUCCUGGCUUUCACUCUGGCGAACCUGGUGCCUCGGGCGGUCUCCCAGCACCAAUGGUACCAUCGAACCUUUGGCAGCGCCUAUCCGAAGAGCCGGAAGGCUGUAUUUCCAUUCCUGUAUUGAUGUUGGGGUGUCGAGCGUCGACGGCCCGUCCAUCGAACAGGACGAGCCUCAUCAUCGCUCAGAAAUAUAUCGAGAAUCCGCUUCAAACAAGUGCUCGCUGGUCCAGUCUCCAUCUUCGAAAGCACCGCGG